AUGGGCUCCAUCACUGUGGGCCUCGGUUGGGACGUGGACCAGGGCGAAGUGGAUCUGGACGUCUCAGCCGUGUGGUGGCCCGUUGUGCCCGGCCGGGCGCAGGCCGUGUUCUUUGGACACUUGGAGUCCAUCCAGAAUGGCAUUGUCCACAGUGGUGACAAUCUGACAGGCGAUGGAGAUGGAGAUGAUGAACAAAUCCAAGUGGAUUUGAAUCGCAUCCAACCCCACGUGCAACAGGUCUUCUUUGUGGUGAACAUUUAUUCAGCCAACCGUUCCUUCCGACAGGUGGCUCGACCGUACUGCCGCAUCGUGGACAACAUGAUGGGCAAUGAGCUUUGCCGCUACAGUUUGUCGGACGCGGGAAAUGACAAUGGCCUCAUCAUUGCAAAGAUGGCCCGCGAGACCGGCGGACGCUGGGGUUUCCAUGCCUUGGGCAUGCCUUGCCGUGGACGAACUUACAAGGAUUCCAUGAAGCAGAUUCAGCAGGCAGCCAACGUCAAGACUCAUGCCUUGAUGUUACGUUCCUCGACCCUGGAGACCGACCACUUGGACCUGGCCCCUUCAGCUCCUCCGGCGGACCGGGGCACCGGGGUCUCCGCGCGAGACACGAAGACCUGGGUGCCUUUCAAGGUGGGACUGGAGCGCGCCGUGUCUCGCGCGGAGGAAGGGAGCGUGGUCCAGGAGCGCCGAUGCCCGAACAUGAUUGAGCUUGGUCCAGCUUGGUUUAUCAGUUUACCACGCAGUACCCACACUGAGCGGUUACUUUUGGUUGCAGUCACUGUGCGGCAGGCCAAGCUCUUCGACGAAGAGAUGGAGGUCUUGCACGUCACGCAGGAGGGGAAGUUCACAGGUGGAGCCCUGGUGAAGGAGCUCAGUGUGAAAGCCCGACAUGUGGAAGGUUCCAGCAACUUGAACCUCCAGGCGCCCUCCUCAACAGGUACGCAGGGAGAGAUCCUGGGAACCACCACUGUGGGCUAUAUCGAUUCCAUGGCCUCCGAGCUCCAGACUCAGAGCGGCCGUGUGAUGUGGGACUUCAUCACAGGCAUGAGCUUCAUUUGCAUCGCUUGCCAUUCCAUCCUGCGGCAGAAGACCGUGGACUUCUGGCAGGCGACCUCACGACCAACCCGACGACCCGUCCCAUGGGGCGGUCAUCAACCCGCUCCGGAAUUGGUCCGGUCUUCGGAACGUCGUCGCUGUCCUGAAGAGAACCACAAUGGAACCCCAAAACCCACUUGGUUAGGUAGAGGAAAACCAUCUUCCAAAGGAACUGGAGCAGGACUGAGGGUCCAUGUGAGUUUUCGGGAGUGUAAGUCUAUAUGCGAAGUAAUUCAGUUCAGCGAUUCAGCAGAUGUUCGAAACACCCGACAGUUCUUGGCCAUUGCUGUUGAUCACUGCUGCAGUUCGCUGCACACUGCGUCGCAUGAACGACCUGAGACAUGGUUUCUGCAGUCGAACUAUACUUUGUGUCUUGAUCAGGUGGAACGGAUCAGCUUCAGUGAUUAUGUGAACGAAUAUCUUAUAUCAAACUCUGCCCUCUAUUAUUCAUGCAGAAUGUGUGUUUGCCCAAUGCUUGACGAGGAAACUGGGUAA